AUGUGCUUUGGGGCAAUCAUCGCCGGUGAGCUCAGGGACAAAGAGGACUCGAAUGCCCACAAACCGCCCGGCCUCACAUGCACUGACCGGAAUCAAAGCCUGUGUCGGAUCGUUCGCUUUCGCCUUCGCCUCCCUUGUCACUCCGGCCGGGCCGAAGCCUCGGUCCGUCGAGGCGCCGCGUUUCGCCGGACUCCGCCGCAUCGGGCUCGAGCCCCGCGCCGUCGGGCGACCCGGCCCCAGCAACCGCGUGCAGCCAGGACUGCCGGUGGCCGGACUCGGGCUCGAGCCCGAGCCCGAGCCCGACCGAAGCGGGGAGCGCGGCGCGGAUCCGGGCGUGGCGGACGGCGUUGCUGGGGGCAGGCGACUCAUCGGCGGGACUCGGCUCUGGCCCGUCAAUCCGAAGGGGCCCAGGGUUAUCCUCGCCUCGGCGUAGGCCGAGCAUUCGUCUCGCCGAGCCGAUCGGCUCGUCUUCCUCUCACUCGCCACGCUCUUGCCACUUUCAUUGCUCGACCCGUCGCCGUCACUGUCGCCGUCGGCGUCGGCGUCGUCGUCGUCGGCGUCGCUGCUCGACCAAUCGCUGCGCUGUGCUCGACUGGCCAGCAUCAUUUGGCAUUGAGGCGGUGGCCCAAAACAAGACGGUUUUUCAUGCCGAACAGGCGCUUGCGGGGCACAUGCUUGACUGUCGGGCGUGAAGAGGGCCCGAGGAAUGGAAGCAAAUCUUCCCUCAGGUGUCCACCCUGCACUCGGCAACAAACAGUCACUUGA